UGCGGGGUAUGUGGAGGGCAGUUACCUGCAGAUUACGUGUUUGCAGGUUGAGUGUCGCUGGAGAGCCGCCAUCAUGGAGGUGGAGGGAGCCCUGAAACUGGUGGGCGAGAUGGGCGUUUACCAAAUGUACCUGAGCCUCUUAUUGGCUGUCCUGCUGCAGCUCUACGUUGCCACAGAAGCCAUCCUGAUCACCAUCCUGGGUGUCACCCCGCCGUACCGCUGGGAGGAAGACGGCCCGGGGGCCAAUUCCAGCCUCUGGACCCCGGCGGAGAAACUCGGCCCCGGGAACCAGAGCCACAGGGGUGGGUACCCGCUCUUUGAAGGAAAUUUCACGUCCAUCGUGUCGGAGUGGCAGCUGGUUGGCGGCGCGGCGUAUGAGGUCGGUGCCGCCAGCUCGGUGUAUUUCGGAGGGGUCCUCGUUGGGGUGAUCACCUUCGGCCAAUUAUCAGAUCGGUUUGGAAGGAAGCCGGUAUAUGUGACAGGUCUGGCUCUGGAUAUAACCUUCUCUCUGCUGAAUGCUCUGUCUCCUUCAAUCCAACUGUUCCUGGUCACGCGUUUCGCGGUCGGGGUGAUGAAUGGAGGGAUGUCGCUGGUGGCCUUCGUCCUGCUCAAUGAAUACAUCGGCGCCACCUACUGGGCCCUUGCCGGGUCUCUGGCUAACCUGUUCUUUGCUGUGGGAAUCGCAAACUUUGCCCUCAUCGGGUAUUUUAUUCGCUCCUGGAGACUCCUGGCGCUGAUUGUCAACAUUCAAGGCACAGGCGUGUUCCUGCUGUCGCUGUGUAUCCCGGAGUCUCCACGCUGGCUGUACGCGCAGGGCCGGCUCCGAGAGGCGCAGGACUCUCUCAUGUUCCUUGGACGCAGAAACUGCAAGAAACCUUGCGCCAUUUCCCUCACUCCGCGGAGGAAAGAUCCCACUCCAGCUGCUAAUGUCCUCACCGUAUACCGUCACGCAGUACUGCGGCACCGCACGCUCGUCAUGAUGUAUGCUUGGUUCGUCUGCAGUCUGGUGUAUUAUGGACUCACUCUGAGCGCCGGAGACCUCGGGGGGAACGUUUACCUGAACCUUGCGCUCUCCGGUUUGGCUGAGAUUCCUGCCUACCCCCUGUGCAUGUACCUGAUCAACCACAGACGCUGGGGCCGGAGGAAAUCGCUGGCGGGGUUCCUGUGUUUCGGGGGAUUAUCGUGUUUGGUUGUCAUGUUUUUUCCAGAGAAGAAAGGUUCCGGGGCGCUCCUGGUACUGAACAGUCAGAUGUUGUCUCUUCUCGGUAAACUCAGUAUUAGCGCGUCUUUCAACAUCGUGUAUAUCUACACCUCGGAGCUGUACCCCACCUCCGUCAGGAACCUGGGAAUGGGAGUCUGUUCCAUGUUCUCACGCUUUGGCGGAAUUAUUGCCCCGUUUGUUCCAAAUCUGCGCUAUGUCCAGCCGUCGCUCCCGUUCAUCGUGUUCGGAGUCGCCGGCCUCUCCUCGGGAUUCCUCAGCCUCCUGUUACCCGAGACCUUGCGGGGUCCUCUCCCCGAGACGCUGUCGGACCUGAGUGUCGGCUCGUACCGCAGGCUGGGAGAGGAGGAGGAGGAGGACGACGAGGUAUCUCUGGGCCUCCUCAACGGGGACACGGAGGAACGAAUUCACCCCGUGGGGCUGAGCAGCGAGGAUGAGGAGGAACUUUUUAUCGAGGAAGCUCAGCCUGUGAAGUAACCGCUGAGGAGUCCUGGGGGCCAGUGUGAUGGGCCGGAACCCCAUGGCGAGCUUCUCAAGGGGCAAAAUCAUCAUCAUGACCCCCCAGGAUCUGCAAAGAUCAUAACGGCCAGGAAGAGGUCAGACCACGGCCGUCGCAAUCUGCCCCAAAAGAACGGGAUCGUGGAAUCGAUGAGCUGAAGAAAA